GCAUUUCCGUACAAUCCAAUACGGUAUCCUAUCAGACAUUGGAGGGUUAUAUCUACCCAACACUUAGUUUCAAAUGGGCCCCGUCGCCUAGCGUUAACUCCCCCCAGCCUGGCCGACUGAGUUGUAUUGGGUUCUACUGACCAUCGAGCACAUCUGUGUCUCCGACGUUACAAGGUUUCCACCAAGUACGUUUAGACCAACAACGGUAGGAUGGCAGCUAUUCCAGCAGGCGGUUCUCUCGUGGCGACCACCGACUACUACCGAAGGCGCAUCGGCUCUACGUCAAGUAGCAGCUCCUGUGGCAGUUCGGAGUUCACCGGAGAGGUCAUCCCCCACCACCCAGGUCUUCCUAAGCAGGACUCGGGCCAUUGGUGGUCAAGCUUCUUUUUCACGAAGCCGCCUCCAGCAGGGAUGACCACACUGGCCGAGGAAGCGCAGAACAAGGCUGGGGUCCCAGGGGUCGUGACAAACGGUCAGAUCACCUGUGUUGCCAAGGAGAUGGUGGUGCGGCAGCUGAGUGAGACCGGAACACCCACCUCGCCCUAAGCACGGGGGGGGGGGUGGAGAUCGUACCAACGCUAGGCGACGUCACGCUGACCCAUUUAAAGACCAAUGUUUUUUUUUUUUUUUAUUAAUAUUUGUAUUUUAUUCACAUUUGGACCGGCUCCCAUUGGUUGUUGUCCUUGUUUUUUCAAGGAAAGAAAAUGACAAAAAAAAGAUGUAACUAAUCAGUGAUUGUUAAAAAUGGUUCGGUUGACCUUUGCCCCGCCUUCUUUUUUUUUAUACAUUGGGGUCACACUUGAUGUCAUGCGGGCAUACGCGACGUAGCGCAUACAAGCACACUGCAUUUAUUAUGAAUUUUUCACUUUGUUACCCUGUGAUUGUAUACAUGUAAUAAAGUAGACUCUUGCAACCUA